CUAAUUUAUGGUCUGAACUUUGGCAAUCCUUAUCUAGUUUGAUAAGCUUUAGCUCUACCAUCCUGCAGACACAAACGAAAAUGGUAGCCACCAGCACAAACGAGGUUCCAAGCAUGGCAAAUUAUGACAGAAAAAGUGAAAUAAAAACUUUUGAUGACACAAAGGAAGGUGUUAAAGGCCUUGUUGAUGCUGGGAUAACCAAGGUUCCAAGAAUUUUUCAUCUACCAGUAGAUCAGUAUCCCAUCAACAACACUUGUGAUUCAGAACCCACCAAAACCCAGCUCAGAAUUCCAGUCAUAGACCUGGAAGGCCUUGAAUAUGAUUACAAUCCAACCAAACGCAAGGAGAUUGUUGCCAAAGUUGGAGAGGCAUCAGAGACUUGGGGCUUUUUCCAAAUUGCCAAUCAUGGCAUACCUGUUGAUGUUUUGGAAGAGAUAAAGAAUGGGGUACGUGGUUUUUUUCAGCAAGACACUGAGGUGAAGAAGGAGCAUUACACUCGUGAUCGCUUCAGACCUGUGAUCUACAACAGCAACUUUGAUCUUUAUAGUGCACCGGCAACUAAUUGGAGGGACACUUUUUUGUGCAAUAUGGCUCCUAAUCCUCCUAAGCCAGAAGACUUGCCACAAGUAUGCAGAGACAUACUUGUUGAGUACUCCAAGCAUGUAAUGAAGUUGGGGAAGUUGUUGUUCGAGUUGCUGUCUGAGGCGCUCGGGCUGAAGCCAAGUCACUUGAAUGACAUGGAUUGUAGUUUAGGGCUUCAGAUUCUAGGCCAUUACUAUCCCCCCUGUCCACAGCCAGAGUUAACUUUGGGUGCAAGCAAGCAUGCUGACAAUGACUUUAUCACAGUCCUUCUGCAAGAUCAUAUUGGUGGUCUUCAAGUUCUUCAUCAGAACAAGUGGAUUGAUGUACUUCCUGUGCCUGGGGCUCUAGUGGUUAACAUUGGAGAUCUUCUACAGCUUAUAUCAAAUGACAGAUUCAGGAGUGUAGAACACAGGGUAUUGGCAAAUCGUGCCGAUCCAAGAGUAUCUGUUGCGAGUUUCUUUAGCACAGGUUUUUUAGCAUUGCCACGAAUCUAUGGACCCAUUAAGGAGUUGCUAUCAGAAGACAAUCUUCCAAAGUACAGAGAGACAACUUUGAAGGACUAUAAUGCUCACUUCCAUAACAAGGGCCUUGAUGGGACCUCUGCCUUGACUCAUUUCAAGCUCUGAACUUGGAGGCAUAGGAGCAACUGCAAUGAACAAACAUAGACCUGAAUACAAGUGCUUUACUACUAUGGAAACUUGAAGUAUUGAAGUUAUUAGGAUCAAACAUAGACCUGUUAUUAAAAUUUUAUAAUCAACAUCACAUUUCCGUUUACGAAAGUUGAAUUGUAUAAUAUUAUCUGACUGUACUCGGAAUUGUUAACCCAAAAUGAAUAUAUUAAUGUGAAUUGUAUAAUAUUAUCUGUCUGUA